GAGAGGUGGAAAUGUUGCAAAAGCGCUGAAGCCACUUAUCACAAUUCCGCCAUGCUUAUAUGAGACUGUCAUGUACUGCUUUUUCGGCAACAUCGUAACUGACAAGAGCGAGGAUCUGGUGAACUCAGCCUACAACUGUGGAUGGGCAGACUGCGACACUCGCUUCAGGCGGGGUCUUGUGUUCUUCGUGACGCAAGCCAUGCGCCCUCUGGAGAUCACAGUGGGCAAGAUGUGCAAGCUGUCCAAACAAAUGCUGCUGCAGGUGCUGAAUGGAUCUUACAUGUUGCUGAAUCUGAUGUACAGUACUAGUUGAAGGAUUUUUCUGGACUUGUAAU